GCGAUUUCAGGCUAAAUAUGAAAGAACGUCGUAGGGCGGGAGAAACAGAUCCGACGAACGCGUGUCAACAGAACGCAAGGCACGUCUCGCAGAUUGAGUGAGGAAAUUUGCACUCAAGGAAGCACCCUACAAGCUGCAAUGUUCUCUACAUCACGAAAGAGCAAAGUAAAGACUCUCAUACCCAGGCGCUCUUCGUCGUCGGCUUCAGAUUUCAGGGUGUCCAUGGUGCCUCUAGGGACUGCUUCGGACGCACGACACUCAAUUCGGCCACCUAUGGGCCGUAGGUCAUCGAGUCUGUCCCAUGUGGACAGGGCUACAUCCGGUCGUCCCAGCUUGUCCCAGGGGAAGCGUCACCCUGCUACAAAGGACACCCGCCCGCUGAAUGACAGGGAUUUCCAACAAACGUGUGCUCACCGUCUGCAUUCGUUUCUCGCAUGCCAUGCCAACGCCUCACAGGUCACCGUGCAGCAAAUCUUGCGCAUGUCCAACAAGCAGUUUGCCAGCACUUUUCUAUUCCUGGUCAACAUCAUGGACCCAACUUUCAAACUGGGACCCAGGGUCGAAGAAAGUGUAAUGAACAUGUUACAACUGCUCCAGUACCCGUUCGCAGUGUCCAAGAGCAUGCUCCAGGCUAUUGGCUCUCGUCUGCCUCUAGCACUUGGAAUCCUCACCUGGCUGCUGGAUGUCGUAGAGUACUACGAAUCGGUGGACGUGUUCGAACAUCUCUUUUCGGAUGAUGCACCUCUGAAAGAUGGCAGCCAGGUCUCCGGUAGCCACAUCUCUAGACUGGUGCAGUACGGAUUGGCACCCCGUGACAACUCGCCUGACGCCUCUGCGGAAGACGACCUAUUUCUUCAGCAAUUAGUUCAAGAAAAGUAUGGUGAACUUGAGUCAGCAGAGGACUUGCAGAGCGAGAUAGAUCGGGUUCGGAAAGAGGUGCAGUACAGGGAAGCUCAGAAGGCUGAGUACCUUCAGCAAUUGGAAACUAUUGCCAGCAACAAGAAGGCUGCUGAGGAACUUGAAGGCUUCGUUGAAAGCUUCGACCAGUUCUACACGAUAAAGCAAAAAGCACUGGAGGACGUCAAACGUACAAAUGCCGAAAUGGAGAGAGAAAUAGAAGUGUUGAAAAAGGAUUUGGCGAAUGCGAGAGCCACCCUAGACAUGCAGAAGCAACGUCGGGAAGACAAGAGGUCUCUCGAAGAUCAACUGCAACAAGCCCAGGCCUCCUUGAAGCAUGUCGAAAAUAAGAUGAACUUGGCACUUGAGGAACUGGACGAGCUUCAGAUGCAGUGGAGCAAUUUACUCGGCAAGGCACAACGGGACAGUACUGAAAUAGAAGCGCUGUACAGCGAACUCCAUUGCAACCUCGAAAGCUUUCCAAACCCCAUCCCUGCCAUGCUCAAGAACCUUCACUACGACGAGACCUCGAGCUUGGAGGAUUUGAAGCAACAGUGCACAGUUCUCAAGGACAUUACAAGCACCUUGCAGCAGAUCAAGGUCAAGAGCCUUGCAGGUGCCAGACAUGAAAGUGAGCUGGCACAAAGGUACGAGGCUGAACACCAGGAAGUUGUGCGUGAGGAGCAAAUGGAGAGGGAGAUACUUGAUCAGGCUGUUGCCUCCCAUGAAAAAGUUAAGCAGGGACUACUGGAGCAAAUCAAUGCUAAGAAAGCUCAGCAUGCACAGCUCCAGAAAGAUCUCAUAAUCGCCCAAUCGGAAACUGUAGCAACGUGUGCUGAUGAUACUCUUCUGAGCCUUCAACAGAGAGUGGAUGCAGCCUGUACGGAGUACAAAGAUUUGCAGCUGCAGCUGGAGACCAUGAAAGCAAAGUGUGAGAAGCACAUGAAGCAUGUUGAAGCCUUGGCCGAGGAAAAAAUGAAGAGCCUGAUGAACUGUUUUAAGAGGUUGCAGGAACUCGCGAAGCCCACAUAAUUUCAUAGAUUUGCUGCUUUUCAUUAACCAGUUCAUAUCUGUUUAUAGACUCUAUUUUGAGUAUAAACUAUUUAUAGCUUUUA